GACACGGCAAAAUGAAAGUGUUAAAUACCUCCUAGCAUGGGAGGGGACUAAGCCUCCAUGCUCACUCAAAGGUUUGCAAUAAUAGGAUUCACAGGGGGGAAAAAAAAAAAAGACAGAUGGGAUUAGAAACUGUUGCCAUGAAGGGUGCGGAAUGAGAUGAGAUCAGAGCCGAGGCUGUACAAGAUUCCCCCGCCAGAUUGGAUGAGGAGCCCCCUCCGCUAGGGCUUCAGGGGAGGCCCCCCGCCUCAGCACUUUGGGGAGAGACGGCGGCCACCAUGCAUCCGAUUUACAGCUGCAGUGAUGAGAAGAUCGAAGUGUUCACCACCGUGAUUCCUCCCAAGGCAUCCAGUCCAGCCAGAAGAAGAGUCAAGAGCUCUCAACACCUCUUGACCAAGCAUGUAGUAAUUGAGUCAGACCUCUACGCAUCCCGGCCCCUGGAGCUGCUGCCACAUCGCAGUGACCGCCUCCACGGCCGAGACAGUGAGGCCUGCAGGUUUGGCCGGCUUCAGAAUGCGCGGCAGCAAGGACCCCAUCCCGCCAAAACCCCUGUCCGACCUGCUCGGCUUUCUGACGCCAAGUCAUCCAAUUUGUGUGGGAACCGAGCAUAUGGGAAAUCUUUGAUCCCUCUGGUUCCCCGGAUUUCAGUGAAUGCCCCAGUCACAGUGGAGGCGGCAGCCACAGGCUUGGACAAAGGGACUGGGAUGAUGAAGGGCUCCAGACACCUCAAGAAGAUGGCUGAAGAGUAUCCAGCCCUCCCCCAAGGGGCAGAAGCUUCCCGACCACUGACAGGAGGUGCUUCCUGUGGUGUGCCCAGCAUCCUCCGGAAAAUGUGGAUGAGGCACACAAAAAAAUCAGAAUAUGUGGGAGCCACCAACAGUGCCUUUGAGGCUGACUAAAGGUGACCUUCACCUUUAGCUCACUGGAUGGGGGUUGGGGGCUUGAGGAUUGAGACUGAGCCUUGUUCUCUGUUGCUGGUGUCUGGUGGGAUCAUUAUUGUCCCUUGCUAACCAAUUGCCCUGGCUUAGGGCACAGGGUAAAAACAACAACAACAAACAAAAACAUCCCUUGAAGGCAAAUGAAACCAUUCCUUCUUAGAAUUUCUAAAACUAUUGAUCCUAAAGUUCGUAUUCCUGUCUCUAGCUAUACUGUAAUCUAAACCUGCCUGCGUUAUUUUAAAGGCGUUUAAGGAAGGCAGGAGGAAAUUCUUCUGUCUUCCUUAUUUGUUCUCUAUGUGUGAUUUCUGACUUAAUCUAAGAGCUUGAUGUCUGAGGCACUCUUGACUACAGUGGUUCUUACUCUCCCUGUCAUUAUAUUUAUUUCAGCUUCCUGAAGUACUAUUUUUUAUGGCAAAGCACUGCCUAUGGACUUAGUACUUCUCAUACCCACUAGACUCUGUCAUCAAGAUUGGGUUUGAUGCUGUUUGGGCAUGACUGCAUGCAAUCUGUUCUUCUAUGUGUCAUGUUUCUAUAGGACAAUAGGGUGAAACGUUCAAUGGUGAGAGCUCAUGUUUUCUCAAGUGACAUAGCUGAGUGGAAAUAAUAAUGCCUGGCUUUGAAAUCAUGAUUUUAAUUUUGGGAAGUGCUUUCCCAUUCAGCAUCUCUGCUUAGCUUCACUGAACUGCUGUUGGAGAAAGCAUCGUCAGUUCCAGGCUACGCCAGGGCCCACUGAGGCAGUCCGAGGUUGUGUCGUAGAAGUAGACAGCAGGUCUUCAACUUCAUCUCCAGCUAACUCCUUGCUUUGCUUAUUCUAUUAGCUUACUUAAGGAUGCUUUUGCAAUUGAGUGGCACAAGAAAUACUCUUGAAUAUCUCUAGGGAAUGUGAAGGGAAUGCUCUGAUGUGGAACAAGUAAGUGUAGGUCAAAACAACUCAGUAUCAUAUGGCUCAACCUUAUAACUGUACUUUCCUUCUUUCUAUGGAAACCUCAUCACCAACUCCGUUGUCAAGUCAGUGUUUUUAAAUGACUUUAUAAUGCUGAUAGUCAUCAUUGUGAUUACUGUUUAUUGAAUGCCUAUCUUGAGCCAGCCAUCUUACUUGGCAAUUCCCAUACUUCACCCUAAUUUUUCUAACAACUCAGAGUUAGGUGGCCUCGCCCAUGGGAUAAACUUAACCAAAGAGGUUAAAUGAUUAGUCUGAGGGCAUAUAGAUGUCAGGCUACAAAGCCUGUGUUAUAUCUACUCCUGCACACAAAAUAGUUCAGAAUGUAGAGAAGGACCAUGGUUAGGUAACCCAUCUCAUGCUAAGCGCACUUGAUUGGUAGAAGCUGCCUGGAGUGGCAUGUUCAGAUGGAAUCUGAGAUAAAAGAGUGCAGCAAUCAAUUAGUACUGACUGCUAUGGACAGGGACAGUGGAGUUUGCCUGGUUUAUUUACCAUCUCUGGCUUAAACUCUGUCUCUGGAGGCUAAUUUCCAAAUUCAAGGGUGAGCAAUGUUGUUAACAUUAAUCCAACCCAUGUAAUGAAGAUUUGCGGUUUAAUUUAGCCUCGGGCCCUGUUGGAAAUGGCCAUGUUUCAUCAUAUUCCAGAUCUCUGACUCAACUGUAAUCCACCUGACUGCUGCUCUGUGGCUGUGUUUUGCUUUUGCCCUCUACCUUACCUACUUCUUUGUCCCAGUUGAACCGCAAAAGGUCUGGACUCCUGGGUUUUUAACUUGCAAAUCUCUACUCUCUAAACAUUGCUUUAAAUCUCAACACAUAAUCUUCUCCUCCAAGUGUAUUUGAAGACCUAGGUACCAAUUGCUAUUCUGAAGAGGAACUCGUCCCAAUGGACUAUUCAACUGCCUUUUAGAGUCUAGACCUUGGGUUCUAGAACACAGCCAGGGAGCAAACAUGUGGAACCGAUCCAUCAGAGUCUGCUAAGACUACUUCAUCUUAUUUAAUUUAUAUCUGAUGUCCUCUACUUGUACGUGGCAGCUGAAGACUUGUGUAGGAUGAAACCAAUUUAUUUAUUUUUAAUUUCAAUAUUUUAUGGUGAAGUAUUUGCCUUAUAUAGAACUUUCUCUUUUUUUGUCCAUUCAAAUAAAAUAAACUGUGUUUUGUCUAUUACUUUAA